AUGGUUGGAGCAACAGUCACCGUACACAUAUGGACCUUCCCGCUCAAGCAGCUGGCCGUCCUUCCACCAUCCUUCUGUCAUUCAAGCCCUCGUCGCCCCGAGCCUCACCACUCUGCGCGUUUCCUCCCGCCCAUCCCCUUCCGUCCUCACCACCUGCAGAUCUGGUCCGCGGGUGUCAAGCAGCCGCCCAUCCUCCCGCCAUUCCUCCGCGCGUUCACCCAGGGCGUGCUCGCAGCGCUCGUCUUCCUCCUCGUCUCCCCCUCGCUCGACCUCUCUUGCAUCAGCGACCGCCACAAGAACCGCGCGUACCCCCUCCACCUGCGCUGGCUGUUCAUGUACCACGUCAGCAUUGUGUGGCGCUUCCGCGCCUACAUCCUCUGGAGCAUCACCGAGGCUGCCAUGGUCGCUGGUGGGCUCGGCUUCAGCGGCUGGGAGAUCCCCAAGGGGGGGGCGGGGAAGGGCGGGGACGCUGGGAAGGGUGGGGACGUGAAGUUGAAUGGGGGGGAAUCAGAGGGGCCGAAGGUCAAUGGGAAGUGCGGUGGUGAUGGGGAUGCGGGGAAGCAGGAGGGUGGUAAGGCGUGUGCGGCGCCUGCAGGGGAGGGGCGGGCACAGUGGGACCGGGCUCGCAACGCGGACAUACUGGGGGUCGAGUUUCCCAACAGCUGCCUCGACUAUGCCACCACCUGGAACAUCUCCUAUGGGCUCUGGCUCAGGCUGCUCUGUGAGUCCACGCCGCGCUGCACCUCCACCUCUCGACCUCCCUGA